AUGUCUCAUCUGGCCGAGCUCGAUGAAAUUCCACGUCCUCAGGUUGAAUCAACAGACAACUCCGAUAGACGUGCCCAUCCGCAUCCCAAAUCAUCCUACCCUGAGAGGCUGGGAAGACAUGGUCCGGUCAAGACUCGUCCACGAGAUUGGCAGGGCAACGGGUCUUCAGAGUUGGAUCAGUGGCCGUAUCGUGAGGUCUCGAGGACAUCGAUGGAGAAAGCGAACGCCAACGAGAUCGGAGAGGGGGUGUUUGCCGAUCGUCUCGGGUCUUUUAUUGAAGGUUCCUUUCAAGGUCCUCAGGGUCCCAACAAUACAACGGGAAACAAGAUAAAAGAGGCCAAAAACAUGAGGCUCUCUUCCAUGCUCCUUGCUUUGCAAGGAUUGCUUCAGGCUAGUCAGGCAAGCCCUACUGCAAGCAACAAUGAGUUGAAGCCAUUCCACAUCGACCUCUCGUCCAAGGUCCCCCGAAUGCUGGAUCAAAUUCACCGGACGAAGUUGCCGGAUCGCCCUCUGUACGUCGACGAGGGGACCGCAAAGGGAAUUGGCCUGAAAAUCCUGAAAUCAUUGAGAAACCAAUGGUUAACAACGUUCAACUGGGGGCGGGAGCAACGCGACCUGAACAAAUUCAAUCACUACACAGCCGAAAUCGAAGGGUUGGACAUCCACUUCAUAUACCAAAAAAGCAACGCCACUGACGCGAUCCCCCUUCUCCUCCUCCACGGCUGGCCCGGCUCAUUCCUCGAGUUCGCGCCUAUAAUCCAGAACCUCACACAGAGAGCCUCCACAGCAGCCGGGAAGAGCGUGUCUUUCGACGUGAUCGUGCCCUCUCUCCCAGGCUACGCCUUCUCCUCCGUCCCUCCCGUGGACUGGACCCUCGCCGACACAGCGCGCGUAUUCAACACACUACUAACUGAUGUCCUGGGCUACGAUACCUACGCGACGUUCGGCACGGAUUGGGGCGGCGGCAUCGCAUACGCCCUCUACGACCAAUUCAACUCCACUGUCCGCGCGGCGCACCUGGCUUUCCUCCCGUUCUACCCCUGGAAUUCGGAUCAGCUCGCUGCGGCUAAUAUAACCCUUGACACAGAGCUUGAGAGGUUUGAACAGGAACUCGCUGAGGAGUGGACAAACACCGGGGAGGGCUAUUUCGUGGAACAAACUACGAAGCCAAACACAAUCGGCCUCGCACUCCACGAUAACCCCGUCGGGCAGCUUGCUUGGAUCGGCGAGAAGUUUCUCAACUGGUCCGACCCCAACGCCGGGCAAGCACCAUCAGAACUCACACACAACGAGAUCCUGCGAAGCAUUUCACUAUACUACCUAACCGGCUCCUUCGCCUCUUCCGUACUAACAUAUGCCCAAAACCCCAAUGGCUUCGCUACGGAGUACACCAAAGCGCAUACGGAUGCGCCCUUGCUCUUCAGCGCGUUCAAGUAUAAUGUUGGCUUUUGGCCGGAGGCACUUGUUGCCAAGGUUGGGAACCUGGUGCUUUAUCACAACCACGAGUCGGGCGGCCAUUUCCCUGGUCUGGAUAACCCGCCCGCGUUGCUGGCGGACUUGCGUGAGAUUGCUACGUAUUGGGACGCGUGA